AUGGUGACAGGCUCAACUGUGUUUGAAUACAAUGCCCUUCCCGAGUGUACAAGCAGCUGCAAGAUAAUUCAGGCAUCAGAGACAAAUUGUGUUCCGCCGGUAUCCAACCACUUCACCUACCAAGAUUGUGUCUGUCAAUCAACGUACCUCGGAAGCCUUCAAAAAAGUGGUGCUAUAUGCCAUGGAGCAUGUAGUGAUGAGGAUGACGAACUCAUUCAUGAAUACUACAAUCGAAUGUGUGGCCAAUCCAACAUACCAGAGACGACAACUUCCCGUCUCCCGCCGACGACCACCUUGUCAACACUUAUCACUGGAUACAAAACUUUGGUAACGGUACAGGCACCAAUGAAGUCUGCUCCACCACCGCAACAAACACACGUGGAGGUUAUUGAAAACCAAGAACCAUGGCUACAACAAAACGGGAAAUACUUUGCCAGAAUUGGGGGCGGCGUGGUGAUCCUUAUUGCAAUCCUCCUUGUACUCGUCCACCUUUACAAACGCCACAAUCGCAAAUCGGCUCUAGAGAACGCUGGACAGCGACACCCGUUCAUCCCUCUCCAGGACGUGAACCCUCUCCCAAACCAACCCUUUGGUCCAGCUACCCACCAGCAACCAUCUCUACAACCCCAUUCGAGUUCCGAAAGCGAUCUGGGCUAUUCGUCCAGAUUCCCAGGCAUAACCCGUCCCCAGCCAAGCUUCACAUUCGGCGCCACCGUACGUGCAUAUGCGAGCGAUUCGCAGAAUGACUUGCACGAGAUGCAGCACCCGACAGGACGAUGCGGUACACUUUGUCGCUCGCUGAGUCGCACCGAGAGAUUGAUAAUUGAGCGCAUCCGGACGACUGGACGACCGGAUAUCCCUAUCAGCGCAACACCCAAGAUCGUGAGGUAAAGCGAGAGGAUGGCAGUGUGUCUUCAAUUACUAGGGAGAGUAACGGAAGAUUGGUG